AUGACCUCUCCGCUCAGCCAGCCUGUUAAGCUACCAUGUGGGCUCGUUUUACCCAAUCGGCUGGCCAAGGCAGCCAUGACGGAGCAAAUGGCUGAUUCCCAGAAGCUCCCGAGAUCAGCUCAAUUUGCCCGGAGCUAUGGUGCUUGGGCCGAUGGAGGAUGGGGAAUGAUCCUCACGGGCCACGUCCAAAUAAACAUGAGAUAUUUGGGUGCGAGCGACGACCUGUCAAUAGACCCGGCAUUGUCCCAGGAGGAACAGGUUCUGGCGGCAUUCAAGAGCCUUGCCGAAAUAAUCCGUCGCAAUGGCACGCCCGCAAUCAUGCAGCUUAACCACCCUGGGCGACAGAGUCCCCUGGGAGCCGGAAAGCGAGGCUUCAUGGACAAGACUGUUGCCCCGAGUGCCGUGCCCCUAGAUUUCGGACCAGGCUUAAUCUCGAAGGCCGUGACCAAGUUAAUAUUUGGUACACCGCGGGAGAUGUCGAUAUCGGACAUUGAAGAUGUGGUACAGCGCUUCGCCAAUUCGGCACGCUUAGCUGCUGCUGCAGGGUUUGAUGGGGUCGAAAUACACGCCGCACAUGGAUACCUCCUCGCCCAAUUCCUGUCAGCGAAAACAAAUUUGAGAGAUGACGCUUAUGGCGGAUCUCCGAAAGCGAGGACAAAAAUUGUCGUCGACAUCAUCCGAGCGAUUCGUGCUGUGGUGCCGCAAACGUUCUGCCUAGGCCUCAAGCUCAACUCAGCAGAUCAGCAACCUGACAGGCCGCAGUCACGUACGGAGUUAGGUGACUGCAUCGAGCAGGCUACGGCCAUCGCAGGCGCAGGGCUAGAUUUUUUGGAGAUCAGUGGCGGCUCAUAUGAAAAUCCCAUGAUGAUGAGAGGACACGGGGAGGGGCAGAAUGCACAGGUAUCCAAGAGGACAGUGGCCCGAGAAUCCUUCUUCUUGGACUUUGCCAGAGAGAUAAGGAAGAGCCUUCCCGACACCGUCCUCAUGGUUACAGGUGGUUUUCGUACUCGCAGGGGCAUGGAGGCUGCCGUCGCAGAGGGAGCAUGCGAUAUCGUAGGCAUUGGUCGGCCGGCAGUCCUUGAACCGUCCCUUCCGCGCAACAUAAUCCUCAACCGCGAGAUUACCGUCGAACAAGCAAAGGUGUGCGCAAAGAGAGUCGACACGCCGUGGCUUUUGAAACAACUUGGUCCCAGGUCAGUGGGUGCAGGUUAUGAAAGUACUUGGUACAGUAGGAAAAUUCAGUCCAUGGGGGACUGA